AUGAAGGGCCACAAAUUCAGUAAAGGACGCAAAUACGACAGAGAAAUGGAGAGAGCAUUUCUUUUGAUUUAUCACAACAUCAAGAGGUUACAGGAUGGGCGGGUGUACGAACGUGCUACUAAUCGUGUGUCAUUCGUUGCGGACCAAGUCGAUUUAGCACACACUUUGCAGAGACUGUCAACCACGUCAGACCCGUUGAAUGAGGGGGGCCUUCGACAAAACAUGAAUCACGAAUCUAGCACUCAUCCUAAAUCUCGCUCUCUUUCCAAGGGUAAAGACAGUAGUCCAUCCUAUCAACAGCGAAAAGUUUCAUUUGCUGAUAAUGCCUCUCGAAAAGAGCUGACAAAGGGCAACGAUCAUACCCGGACAUAG